AUGAAUCAACCGAUGGCUGGCAAUAAUGGUUUUCCUUUUUACCGACCACUUGGUUGUCCGAUACCAUUUUUUGCACCACAGUUAUCAUUUUUUCCUUCUACACCACUUAUACCACCUUUGUUGUUCAACCAAUUACCCAAAAUUGAAGAUGAUCCUCUUCAAAAAAGGGUUAAAUUAUCACCCAAGCUUGAGAGAUGUUCGCCAGACAUGGAAAGAGUAAAAACUGAGAUGAGUCCUCCAAAAGGAAUUGAAGCUACUGGUUCGUCUUCACCUAGUAGGCCACAGAGUUUUUUACCGAAGGAUCAAUUUAAUUUAUCAUUUCCAUCAUUUUCCUGUAAAAGAGAAUUUGAAGAAGAUAUGAAACCUACAAUUAAUUCGAUACAUUCGAAUGUAAAAACCGAACCCUACUGUAAAACAGAACCUUCUACAUUAGCAGGAUUUGUACCUAAACCACAAUUUCCAAUGUAUACACCUAAACGAGAAUUCAAACGAGAAUUUGAAGAAAAUACAAAGAAAUCAUCUGAAUCUACAUCUACAGCUGAAGAAACUAAUGAUCAGCCAUUAGAUCUAAGUGGAUGGAAACCAAAUAAUCGGGUUAUAGUCAGUGCCGAAGAAGAGCAACAAGUACCUCACACAGAAGAAGAAAACGUCGAUGUACUAGAUGUAAUCGACGACAAUAACAUAUCUCCUCAAAAUGUUUCAGUCACACCCCCUAUGGCAUAUCCAAGGCCUAUCCACCCCAUGAUGCCAGAUAUUUGUGGCGUUACACUCGCCGAUUCUCCUGGCAGCAGCAACGAAAACGACAGAGAGGACGCCUACUUUGACGACAUUCGAUCUUUUAUGGGCAAAGUCAGUGGUUCCGAUUACUACAACAAUAUGAGAGAGUUCGUUUCUCCGUCAAACAAUAAUAUCGAUGUUGUCAAAGAAGAUAACAACGACGAAUCUGCUUCUGAAGGAGGUGAGGACUAUUUAACGUCAAAGUUAAACUUUGACACAAAGUGCAACCAAGAAAAAGAAGAAAUACUUAAUAAUAACGACCAAACUGUAGAAGUAUCGACUUAG